CUGUGGCUGAGAGCCGCCGGGUGUCAGGACGUACGGUUGACCGUCCGUCCAUUCAUCAAUCCGUUUGCCGUUGCUAAAAGACAGGCAGAGGAUUUAUAAAAAAAUCGGACAGCGACAUCUUUCUUGUGUUGUAGUGUGUGUGUGUGUGUGAAUGAAUGUGUGCGUUGGCCUGAUUUCCGAAGGACGGUAGCAGGCAGCAGCUGUGAAGCUUCUCUGCAUUAUUGUUAGUACCGCCACCUUCUCCAUCACCAUAGACACCAAGAGCCAGAGAGGAGCGAUCCAAAUCACAGGGCAACAAUCCCCGAAAGAAGCGCACAACUACUCUACUCUCACUUCGGGAGCUUAUAUAAAAAAAUAUAAAAGCCGGCAGACAAACAUGACAACUGCGACUUCACCUAUUCUGCUUAAGUGGGAUCCCAAAAGUCUAGAAAUACGUACUGUGACAGUGGAACGAUUACUGGAACCAUUGGUCACACAGGUAACUACCCUUGUGAACACAAGCAGCAAGGGUCCAUCAAGUAAGAAGAAAGGUCGAUCCAAGAAAGCACAUGUACUGGCUGCUUCUGUAGAACAAGCAACUCAGAAUUUUUUAGAGAAGGGGGACCAGAUUGCAAAAGAGAGCCAGGAUCUGAAGGAGGAACUUCUGGUGGCGGUGGAUGAUGUACGUAAACAAGGAGAAAGUAUGAGAAUUGCAUCUGCAGAGUUUGCAGAAGAUCCCUGUUCUUCUGUAAAGCGUGGAACCAUGGUUCGGGCAGCCCGUGCUCUGCUUUCUGGAGUAACACGCUUGUUGAUCCUUGCUGACAUGGCAGAUGUCAUGAGGCUUUUAACUCAUUUAAAAAUUGUAGAGGAAUCUUUGGAUGCUGUGAAGAAUGCCACCAAUGAGCAGGAUCUGGCCAGUCGCUUCAAGGAAUUCGGGAAGGAGAUGGUCAAACUUAAUUAUGUGGCUGCUAGAAGACAGCAGGAACUGAAAGACCUUCACUCUAGGGAUGAAAUGGCAGCAGCUCGAGGUGCUUUGAAGAAGAAUGCUACCAUGCUCUAUACUGCCUCCCAAGCAUUCCUCCGACAUCCUGAUGUAGCUGCUACCAGAGUGAAUCGUGAUUAUGUCUUCAAACAAGUACAAGAGGCUAUUGCCGGAAUUUCAAAUGCAGCCCAGUCAACUUCAGUGCCAGAUGAUAAACAUGGACCUAUUGGCAUUGGCGAGCUAGCUGCAGCACUGAAUGAAUUUGAUAAUAAGAUAAUUUUGGACCCUAUGCACUUCAGCGAACAGCGAUAUAGGCCAUCUCUUGAGGAGAGGUUGGAGAGUAUUAUCAGUGGGGCUGCACUGAUGGCCGACUCUUCAUGCACACGUGAUGAUCGACGUGAGAGAAUUGUGGCUGAGUGUAAUGCUGUACGACAGGCUCUUCAGGAUCUUCUAACUGAGUACAUGAAUAAUACUGGAAGGAAAGAGAAAGGUGACCCACUCAAUGCUGCCAUUGAAAAAAUGACAAAGAAAACAAGGGAUCUGCGACGACAGCUACGCAAGGCUGUCAUGGAUCACAUCUCUGACUCGUUUUUGGAGACCAAUGUCCCUCUUUUGGUGCUCAUUGAGGCAGCAAAGAGCGGCAAUGAAAAGGAGGUGAAAGAAUAUGCACAAGUCUUCCGUGAACAUGCCAACAAACUGGUUGAGGUCGCAAACUUGGCAUGCUCCAUCUCAAAUAAUGAGGAAGGCGUGAAGUUGGUUCGCAUGGCGGCAACACAGAUCGAUAGCCUCUGCCCACAGGUAAUUAAUGCAGCACUGACUCUGGCUGCUCGGCCCCAGAGUAAAGUUGCUCAAGAUAACAUGGAUGUCUUCAAAGACCAAUGGGAGAAGCAAGUACGCGUUUUGACGGAGGCUGUCGAUGACAUCACUUCAGUUGAUGAUUUUCUGGCUGUGUCAGAAAAUCACAUAUUGGAGGAUGUGAACAAGUGUGUGAUAGCACUGCAGGAAGGUGAUGUAGACACACUUGAUAGGACUGCUGGGGCCAUCCGAGGACGGGCAGCAAGAGUUAUCCAUAUCAUCAGUGCUGAGAUGGAGAAUUACGAGCCUGGUGUAUACACUGAGAAAGUAAUGGAGUCCACAAAGUUGCUCUCAGAGACUGUUAUGCCUCGUUUUGCUGAACAAGUGGAAGUCGCAAUUGAAGCAUUGAGUGCAAAUCCCCCACAGGCUUUCGAGGAGAAUGAGUUCAUAGAUGCUUCACGCUUAGUUUACGAUGGAGUACGUGACAUAAGGAAAGCAGUGCUGAUGAUAAGGACUCCAGAAGAACUGGAGGAUGAUUCAGACUUUGAACAAGAAGACUAUGAUGUCCGGAGCCGAACAAGUGUUCAGACCGAGGAUGACCAGCUUAUUGCAGGACAAAGCGCACGGGCUAUCAUGGCUCAGUUGCCACAAGAGGAAAAAGCAAAGAUUGCUGAGCAAGUGGAGAGCUUCCACCAGGAGAAGAACAAGCUUGAUGCUGAGGUCGCAAAAUGGGAUGACAGUGGCAAUGACAUCAUUGUCCUAGCCAAGCAGAUGUGUAUGAUUAUGAUGGAAAUGACCGAUUUCACCAGGGGCAAGGGUCCGCUAAAGAAUACAUCCGAUGUAAUCAACGCAGCAAAGAAGAUAGCGGAGGCAGGGUCCAGGAUGGAUAAACUAGCUCGAGCUGUUGCUGACCAGUGUCCUGAUUCUGCCUGUAAGCAGGAUUUGUUGGCCUACCUACAACGCAUUGCACUCUACUGCCACCAGCUUAACAUCUGCAGCAAGGUGAAAGCAGAAGUCCAAAACCUGGGAGGAGAGUUGAUUGUAUCUGGGUUGGAUAGUGCAACCUCACUCAUACAAGCUGCCAAGAAUCUGAUGAAUGCAGUGGUUCUCACCGUGAAGGCUUCCUAUGUGGCUUCCACCAAAUACCAGAAGGUGUACGGCACAGCUGCUGUGAACUCUCCCGUUGUGUCCUGGAAGAUGAAAGCCCCUGAAAAGAAACCACUAGUGAAGAGGGAGAAGCCUGAAGAGUAUCAGACAAGAGUAAGGAGGGGAUCUCAGAAGAAGCACAUUUCUCCAGUGCAGGCCCUCAGUGAGUUCAAGGCAAUGGAUUCCUUCUAGAGCUCUGCAAACCCUGUCAGUCAAUCCCUGAGAUGAUCAAUGAUGAUCAAUGAUGUUGUAUUAAGUUUUAGUGAAGCAACUUGUACGAUGCUCCUCAGAUGCGAGACAAAAUCAUUAACUGAGCCCUAAAUGAGUCGGGACUGGUUUGAUGUUGAAUUUGGAGCUGGGUUUAAAUUUUAGAUUUAAAAAGUGUUUGAGUCCAGCAUUGCUAUUAUUAAAUGAGGGAAUAAAGCUAAAUGGAGGGAAUGGAGCUAAAAUGGCUACAUAGCUUGCUAACCUGAUCUGUGUGUUAAGCUUAUAGGGCUUUAAUAUCAAUGCUUGUAUGUUACAAAAAAAUUCAAUACUGGACAUUAAAAGCAUAAAGCAGACAUGUUCAUUCUUUUGGUGUAGUUUGAAGCACAACAUAUAAGUUCAAUGGUCUUUUAUUUAUUUUGUAAUCAUACUAAUAACUGACAGCAUUAGGAUAUUAGGAUUGUGCUUUCAAGGGAAAACCGAAACCUUAUUUAUUCUGUGGGCAUCGGUGAUAGUUCUGCAGCCCUGAAGUCUGGUACUUAAUGUUACUGACAACAGAAGUGAUGACUAAUCGUAUUUUAACUUUUAACAACGCUGGAAACCAGCUCAACAAACAAACCCAUAGAAUAUAUAGACCCUCAUGCUGCUGUCAGUAAGACAACAUGGGAAUUGUUUCACAGGUUCAAGCUGAUUGUGUUGCAACUCCUUCAUGUUUUCAAGUGGCCUCGUGCCACUGUCUGACAGUGCAGUGAUAGCCAGUAGAUAGUGAGUAAUGUGUUAGAGUGGACAUAACAGUGAAUGUAGAGUUUUGACUUGCCUGAACCGUGGAUGACUAAUCUGUCUUUGUAUCCUCCCAAUAACUCAAAUAAACCCUUUGCCCAUCAUCAA